ACAUUCCAGGAAUUGAAAGCGACAUUGGAUUUCAAUCUUCUAAAGUUCCACCAUUCUACAUAAGCAUCAACAAGGAUAACUAGGAUGUCAGGUAAAAAGGUCCUAAUAGUAUAUGCACACCAGGAGCCGAAGUCUAUGAGCGGAUCUCUGAAAAACAUUGCAGUUGAUGUAUUACAAAAGCAGGGGUGCAACAUUGUCAUUUCUGACCUCUAUGCCAUGAAUUUUAAAGCCACAGCAACCAGAAAUGACAUUACGGGAGAACUUUGCAAUCCACAGCAUUUCAACUAUGGAGUGGAGGCAAUGGAAGCAUAUAAGAAAGGCUGUUUAUGUGAAGACAUACUUGGGGAACAGAAAAAAGUUCAAGACGCUGAUUUAGUUAUAUUUCAGUUCCCUUUGUACUGGUUCAGCUUUCCUGCCAUCAUGAAAGGUUGGAUUGAUCGAGUAUUCGUACAAGGGUUUGCAUUUGAUUUCCCAGAUUUCUACGAUAAAGGAUUCCUUAAGGAUAAACUAGCCUUGCUGUCAUUCACUACUGGUGGAACUGAGGACAUGUAUUCCAAGGAUGGUGUGAGUGGUGAUAUCCGAUUUCUCCUUUGGCCUAUGCAGCAUGGCAUAAUGCAUUUCUGUGGUUUCAAAGUCCUGGCCCCUCAAGUUUCCUAUGCUCCAGAAUAUGGGACUGCUGAAAAGAAAAGGGGCAUGCUGGAGUCUUGGGCUCAGAGGCUUGAGAACAUCUGGAACGAAAAACCUAUUGAGUGUACUCCACCUUGGUACUUUGAUUAAGGAAUGGAACAUGCCAGAAGAUGAGGAUUAUUCUCUGAUGAUUGCAGUCCUUCUGAAAAAUUGUCAUGGAAUCAGAUGACUAAAUUGUAACCACCGAGCAACCAGUCUCUUCCAUUAAAAAUCUGAAUGCUUAACAAGUUCAAUAACACGCGUAUGUUAUCACAGUUCUGAUAUUGCAACUUAAAUAAAAAUUGGUUCACUUCUAAA